CAGCGCAAGAAAUUGAGAGGUAUGGAAAGUGGGUCGAAUCCCAUCUCAUCCUUCCAUAUAUGAGUUCCCCUCGACCCACGGGUAUCCAAUUCCAACCCAAGCUCCCCUUCCCCCUCUUCUCCAAUCCUAGAACAGAGGACAACUGCGAUCCAACUCAUCCCACACCGCAUUGUGCCCCCACCGAAGCCAUCUCCAUGGCUUCAUUCGACAAAGCCACAGAAUCCUACAAAAAAGCCCUCACCGCCGCCGCAUCCCUUGCAGGCUCAGCGAUGCUGUUCCGCUCCGUUGUCAAUGAGUUCCUCCCUCCUGAAGUCCAAAGCUUCCUUCUUUCCAGCUUCAACAUCUUUCGAACCCGUGCUCCCUCCGAGCACACCAUCGUCAUCGAGGAAACCGAGGGGUAUUCAAGCAACCAAAUCUAUGAGGCCGCCAAAAUUUACCUUUCCACCAGGAUCAACCCCUCCAUGAAGAGGCUGAGGGUUAGCAGAGCAGAUGAAACAAAGAGCAUGGUCAUCUCUUUGGAUCCAGACGAAGAGAUGAUCGAUGUCUUCGAAGGGAUCGAGUUCAAGUGGCGAUUGGUGUGCCAAGAGUCGGAGGGAUCGCAUAACAACAACUCCCGAACUGAACUCCGGUCGUUCGAGGUCAGCUUCCACGAGAAGCACAAGGACAAGGCAUUGAAUUCUUACUUGCCAUCCAUCCUUGCCCGAGCAAAAGCAAUCAAGGACGAAGACAAAGCACUCCAUCUCUACAUGAACGAGGGGGACUCAUGGUUCCAAAUAAACCUUCACCACCCAUCGACAUUCGGCACGCUGGCGAUGGAGGAAGAGCUCAAGAGGACGGUGAUGGACGAUCUGGCAAGGUUCGUGAAAAGGAAGGACUAUUACAAGAGGAUUGGGAAGGCCUGGAAGCGAGGGUACUUGCUAUAUGGCCCGCCUGGGACCGGCAAGUCCAGCUUGAUUGCAGCGAUGGCGAACCAUCUCAAGUUUGACAUCUAUGAUUUGGAGCUCACUGAAGUUGGAUGGAAUUCGACCUUAAAAAGAUUGCUGGUCGGAAUGUCCAACCGAUCGAUUCUAGUGAUCGAGGACAUUGAUUGCACAAUUGAUCUGCAGCAGAGGGAGGAGGAUGGAUCCUCGAGUUCAUCAUCUUCAGGGAAUGACAAGGUGACGCUCUCAGGGCUGCUCAACUUUGUGGAUGGACUGUGGUCGACCAGCGGCGAGGAGAGAAUCAUUGUGUUCACCACCAACUACAAGGAGCGGCUUGACCCGGCACUGCUCCGGCCGGGCCGGAUGGACAUGCACAUCCACAUGGGCUAUUGUGGUCCCCAUUCUUUCAGGGUCUUGGCUUCCAACUACCAUGCCAUUGAUGACCACCCACUGUUCCCUCAGAUUGAAGGGUUAGUGAGGGAGGUGGAGGUGACCCCGGCGGAGGUUGCAGAGCAGCUGAUGAGGAGUGAUGAUACUGAUGCUGCACUCCAAGGGCUCCUCGAAUUCCUCCAAGGGAAGGAAAAGAAUGCGAGCGGAGCCAACGGCGAGGACGAAGGUGUCGAAAAUGUCGCAGGAAUGGAUCCAGGAACUGGUGUGUAGGUGCCAGAAAAAGAGUAUGAUGACGAAAAGAGAGUUUUCUUUUUUUAAAAAAAAAAUAAUACGCUGGGGCUCUUUAAAGUAGCCGGAUCCAACCAAAAAAAAAAAGAAAAAGUUUUUUUUUUACCUUUUGCGAAUAGGAAAUAAGGAGAUUUGACAAUAAUUAGUGCGGUCUUUUGGUUGUUUGUUCGUUUGUUUUUCACCAUCUUGAAUGAAAAAAUGUGUUUAAAAAAAAA